AUGAGGAUUGUGAUUUUGAUCGUUGCGUUGGCAAUUUUGCUUCAAUUGACAGCGGUUACACAGGCUUUAAAACAAGAGGAUAAUUUUCAAGCCAUUGAAUGGCAAAAACUACCUUUCGAAGAUUUUAACGAAGAAACCUUCGUGGUCGGAACUUGGAACGAUAAGGAAUACGUGAUAACGAUUCGAGCGUUGUCAAUGGAUCUGGAUAUGAAACUUGUUUUCCCCGGCAAAAGAGGCUCUCGAGAUUUGAACGGUCCACCUUUUGGGAACGAUCCACCGAACCUUGGAAAGAUUCUCAAGUGCAAAGAACUACCGGAGUACCCUGGGAAUAUGACAUGUUCUGAGUACCAAGAGUACAAACGGAAAGAACCAGGACUGAUCACUCGAGUGGGGACGAUGAUAAAAAACACGUGGAGCUUUACGGUGACGACAGUGGUUGAAACUUGGAGUAUGUGUUCUAACGGCGUUGGAACAACGGCUAAGAACAUUUGGAAUGCAUUGAAAUGGAUGAUGGAUUUGGUCGGUAAAGCUUGGAAAGGAAUGUUGGAGUGGUUCGGUAGAAUUAGGAAAGGAUUGACAGAUUACGUCGGUGAAAUCUGGAACGGAAUGAAAAGGUGGGCGGAACGGAUUUUUUUAACGAUGAUGUGGGCGGAUGAAUAUGUUUACCAUGGAGGCUUACGGGUGGCCGAGUGGUACUGGGACUAUACCGAAUGGUUGACAGGGCUGACUUGGAACGGAACGGAAUGGAUUUGGGAUCAGAUUCAAUGGUUGAACGGCGUCUCAAAGGAAAAUGCUUCAUGGCUAGCUGAGAAAGCGUGGAUUGGAUCAAAACAGUGGGCCGAGUGGGCAUGGGGGGAAGCGAAACGGUUAGCGGACUGGUCAUGGAAAACGAUUAAAAGGAACUGUAAACCACUUGAACCUGCGCUUGAGUACGUUUUGGAGACGGGAGAAGUUCUGAUCAAGUUUUACAAUGAACAUGUUCACGGACAUCUUCUCAAAAUUAAAAGCCACAUUAUUAUCUCGACCUGGCGUGAAACUGGUUACACAAUCUCAGUCGUAUUGCUGAUGAACUUUGUUGUGCUGGCUGUUUAUAAGUUGAUUUCGUGGCCUGUGAAGUUGAUCCGGCGAAGACGGCAAGCUUACAAAGAAUGGAAAGAAGCCGAAGAAGCUUCCUGGAGAUUACCACCAAGACGUCAGUCUCGACAAAACAAACGAGUCUGGGAAAAUCCCAAGAAGAAAAAGCUCUACAGGAUUAAAAAUUGA